AAGCAGGCUUCUACAAACAUUUGUGAAAGACUGUGCAAUAAGUCCAUCUGUGAAAUUUCCUUGCUGCUAAAUAUUCCACGGUCAACUGUUAGGGGUAUUAUAACAAAGUGGAAGCAACUGGGAACAACAGCAAAUCAGCCACAAAGUGGUAGGCCAUAUGAAAUGACAGUGGGAUCAACGCAUGCAGCACACAGUGCGCAGAAGUCGCCAACUGUCUGCAGAGUCAAUAGCUAAUGACCUCCAAACUUCGUGUGGUCUUCAGAUUAACACAAUAACAGUGCAUAGAGAGCUUCAUGGAAUGGGUUUCCAUGGCUGAGCAGCUGCAUCCAAG